CUUGUUACUCUCGCGCUCGGUUCACAUCAACUUAGUUCGCGCGAAACCGUUGCAUUACAAACGCGUGUAACAUUGCUUCCAACAAAAAAAUUAAUAAGAAAUGGAAAAUUCCACUUUUUACAUAAAUGCAUCUCAUCAGGACGAUUAUUUCACCUAUAAUGAAAUCGAAGAUCUGCACGUAAUCGCCUACAUUUUCAUUGCAAUAUUGGUAGUAACAGCCGUUAUUGCUAUGAUUGUAAAUGUUGUGGUAUUUAUAAGCGUCUACUGGAUUAGAAAACCUAUGCCACCUGUCUUAAGAAUGAGUAUAAGUUUGGCAGCUGCAGAUGCACUGAGUUCGUCCAUAUUUGCACUGACUCUCUACAUCAACACCUAUCUACCUUACAGAGGCAUCAAUCUAUGAUGGUUAGAGAUCGUUAUGGAAAUGAUGAAACUCAGCGGAAUUCUCGUAACGGUAACCCAUCUACUGGCCCUCAGUUUAAAUCACUACAUUGGAAUAUUGAAACCUCUACAUUACAAUUCCAUUGUGACUCGACGGAAAGUAACUGCAGUUACUAUAUUACUGUGGUUAUUUCCAACAGCAUUUGUCAUAUUUUUAUUCACUGCUCAAGCUGACGAGAAUUACUGGUCCGACGUUUUCAAUAAUGCAACAGAACUGGAGGCCGAAAAUGUGACGACGUUCAUAGACACUUUUAGAUUCAGAAUGAGUUAUUCCGCUUACUUUAUCAUCUCCAUAUGUAUGAUGGCCAUAUGCUACACCCACAUAUUAAUCAUAGUAAGAAGACAGCAAAACAUUUGGAAGAACUUAUCGCGAAUCGGCAGCACGAAGUGGUUAGGGAGAAACAUUAAACACUGCCCGAGCAGUAAGACAAAUAAGGAGCAGAAACAACUUGAAGGAAACAUUAGGGCGAUAUAUACGACUUUACUGAUUUUGGGCUCAUGUGUGAUAGGAUGGUUGCCGGCCCUCCUUAUAUUUGUUUUAAUGUGUAAAGAGGACUGUUAUAUCCACGGCUCUGAACUGGAAAGCUUAAACCAGAAUUAUUUGAUUGAAGUUAUGUCGAUGAGGUUGCUGGAAAAUAUGUUGAUCGUCCUCAAGAUGCUGGCGAAUCCCAUCAUCUACAGCAUUCGAAUGAAAGAAAUUCAGGAAGGAAGUAAGCACAUGCAGUCAAGCUUGCUGAAUUUUUUUUGUCCAUCAAGACCUGACAGCCGCAAUUACACCCUUGCUUCGAGGCAAUCACCAAAUGCUUAUAACAGUUCAUUACGCACACGUUUAACGACGGCUUCAAUAAAUAAUGAUGGCCAUACAAACCAUGUUAGUAUCGGAAGAGCGGAGUUAGUCAGCACGCUCUUGUAAUAAAUAGGUAGUUAUUUAGUUAGAAAUGUGGAAAGUUAGGCAAAGCGUGAUGAAUUUAUGUGUUGAAGACCGGAAGUCACGCGCUGCACGAAAGUGGGCAUGCUAUUCCAUGUUGGACAAAGCAAUGUACCUUCACUUUUGUGCUAUUUUUUAUAAAAUUACUUAUAUUUUAAGAAAUAAUAAAUAAUUAUUGUAAAAAAUAUGUGUUCGAUUCGUCACUAAAUGUAAAAAGUAAAAUUUGUAUCUGUCAGUCAUCUGUCGACAAAAUUAACCAUAGUCAUUCCACUUAAAUUCAUUUUUCACCUCAGUUUUUACGUCGUAACACCGUUUUGAUCGAUCUUUCAAUGUUACUUCAUUGUAAAGUUGUGUUUUAGGUUUUGUGGCUGUUCCACUCAUUAAGUUUAAAAGCGUCUAGCGAAUAAUAAAAAGAAGGGUUAAAAGUCUGCUUCGACUAAGUGGUGCGAAGAACAUAAUAUGAAUCAGUUUUUUGUUCCGUUAGAUGGGAUUGAAUGCUAAAACAACCAAAAAUUAUAAGAUCGUCCAAACAAAAAAGCUCUCAAGUGGGGUCUUUGAUGUCCCUUUGCGUUAAAAUUAUUUAACAAGAUGGCCUUUUGCAAAACUUAAGUUAACGACGCUGGCACAGUAUAAGGAUCAGAGUGAUUCUUUUAGCUGCAAAUGUGAAAUUUUUAUCCGAGCGAAACGAACGCAUCAAAGGCCACUUUAAACCUAUUUUUGCGCUCUCGUAUAAAAAAAUAUGAAAGACGUAAAAUUAAAAAAAAUAUUCGAAAUUAACAAGUGGAAAAUAAGCCUGGUUGGUUACCAUGACUAUCCGUAUUAAUAAAACGAGUCAGUCUGAAUUUAUUGAAACAUUAAUUAAUGUCUCUUCAAGUUCACAUUAAGAUGGGUAAUGAUAAACAUUAAUUUCAUUGUUGCUGAAUAAAGCAGGCGGUUGUCCUUGCUACCGGCAACCAGUUGUCCUCAAAAUGAAAAUUAUUUGCGAAAAACAUGACAAAGACUUUGUGAAGUACUGUUUUGAAAAUAAUACACAGUAAACAAUUUGUUGACUUACUAUUCUAUUAUGUGGUCAACUCACUAAAUAGCAAAAUAAUUCCAGAUAGUGUACAGCUACUCACGAAAAGUUAGAGAUAAAGUUUUGUUACUUAUGUAUAAUUGAAGUUGAAAUAACUAUGAAAUUUACCAUCGAUUUUACAAAAAAUGAUUUUAGUUUUCUGGUCUAUCAAAACAAUAGAGCGAUAUUUAAAGCUAGAAGCUUGUGAUACAUGAUAGUCCAUUUUUUCCACGUGAUACUAGAAUAAGAAUGAUGAAAAAAAUAUUUUGAAACUAUGAUUGUCUAAAAGAAAUGAAUUUGAAAGAAAGAUCUCUCGAUAAUAUUGUCCAGUUUAAAAAUUGUUUGACGCGGUUCAUUUUUCAUUCUCAUGAACUGAAACUUUCAUGUUCGUAAACAUUGAAUAUAAUUCCAUACUCGAUAACCAUUAGGUACUUGUGAUCAUAUUUUUAAUCGUAAAUGUUUUAAACAGUUGAUAAAGAUGUUUUAUGUGUUACUUAAUAUAUACUGUCCGCUCAUUUUCUUAUGAUAAGUCUCAUAUAUUGU